CGUCAUCCAGUAUUUGAAUACGGACAACAACAACAGAAACAAACAACACGGAAGUUUCAACAUCGCUUGAAAUCCUUAUUUUCUCUACACUGAAAUGGCAGAAGUGGGACAUGACGAGGGGGAGGAAAAUGCAGGGUACAUUUUGUACAAGAGAGUACCGAAAGGCAAGGAGGCAACAUUGAGAAAUGAUGGUAGAAAACCACUGCAGGAUCUGAAUAACAUUGUUCCUAGGAUAAGGAAUUUGGCUGUGAAUGAGAAGCAUUGUGAGCCACCAAAGACGCAUGCAGAGCCUGAAAAGCCCAGUUAUAAAGAUGUUACUACCAAGAAAAAAAGAUGGUCAUCUGGUAAUUUAGAGGAGUUCCUCUCAUUUCAUCCAACAGAGAGACCUGUAUGGAGGGAAGCUACCAUCGCUGGGGAUAUUAAUUCAAUACCGUCAAUUUCUGAAAUGAUCAAAGACAUUGUAUGUUAUGUAAAAACCUAUAAGAAAUUGAAGAAAACUACUGGAAAAACUGACAGAAAACAAAUCAAUAAAUACUUGCUCACUAAGUUCUUGUGCAAUGUACAGAAAGAAGAAGAUAUUGGAGUGAAAGAGGAAGGAAAGACUGAGGAAAUCAUGCAUAUUUUGGACAAAGAAUACAAUAUUGAUGAGGCUGCAGCAAACAGGAAACUUCCUGACUGUUCAGCUGGUAUGUCAGAGGAAAAGAAACUGUGUGUGGAAGAUGAAAGAAAUGAAUCACCAGAAUUUGAUACAUACCCAAGUCUAGAGGAAGAACUUGGUGAUUAUCAUGGAAGAAUAUCAUGUUCAGGUGAUGCAAAGCCAUCAAAAAGUGAGUUAGAAACAAAAAAUUUGUAUAAAGCUUACAAGCAUAUCGUAAAUGAACUUAAUGAGUCUAAGACUGAAACAGAUAUGUAUGCUGUAGACAGUAACUCAACUGAAGCCAUUGAUGACUGUAAAGGUGUUAUAGAGGUUAACUCUUUGAUUAUCUACACUCACAGAAUCUUGAUGCAAGGUGUAAUGAAGGAGGACCAGAUGCCAGGAAGAUUCAGUACAAAUGAUAGAAAAGCUAAUUUCAAAGGUAAGGAAUACUGGUAUCCCACAUUUGAAGACGAAAUAUUUGCCAAUGUAGCUGUUCAGACUUUAGUUGACAAAGUGAAUGACAUUAUGGAUAACAUCAAGCGUAAGGAUGUUUCAGAAGAAGAGAAAGCUAAACUUUUCUUCAAAUGUUCCAGCCUUUUCCUCUUUGUGUUUCUUACCCUGCAUCCAUUUGCAGAUGGAAAUGGCAGACUUGCCCGUUUUCUUGCAAGUUACAAUCUUCUCACAUUCUCACCAUUUAUGACGCCAGUCUACAAUGUGUUCAGCUCAUCCAGGGAAUGUGAUUAUAUUCAGGCAUUAGUUGACACAAGAGAAGGUCUUCAAAUUCCAAAGAAAGUAACUGCGAAGGAUGAGGCUAUAAACUUGACAAUUUCUGUAAUGCGUCAGAAACCUUGUGAUUUGUGUUCCAUGCUUAUUGAGUCAAAUUGGACAAUUUGGCGACAGUUGUUGGUUAAAUUGGGUGACACUAGUAUCAAGCUUUUUGAAUGGGAAGUCCAGAAUCAGCAAUUCUUGUGGAGGACUUUUGAGGCAUCUGAAUCUGUUCAAUAAACAAUCAAUUGACUAACCUCUACUAUUAAUGGAUUGAUAAGUCCAUCACUAUGAUAAUUAAACUCAAUUUUGAUGUCUAUUUUAGACUGUAACCUUGCCUCUUGUUAGUUAAAGACUAGUCAGUCAGUGAGAUGCUAGAGGUUUGCAUAAAUUCCAUAGUUCUGUUAUACUUUUUAACAAAGUUAUGCUCUUUUCUUUACUGAGCAAAUUUUGAUUAAGGUUUGAUAUGUCAGCAGGUAUAGCAGUAACAACUAAUGGGAAUGUAUUGAACAUUGACACACUUGUUCAUUAUGAUGAGGCAACAGGCAUUGCACAGAUUCCAGAAUUUUGUUUUUCACAUUCCUGUUUUUCAAAUAAGCAAGUUUUUGUAUGUAAGGUAUUUCAUUUAGCAUUUUAAAAGAGGAAAGUGUUAUGCCUCUAACUUAUUAUGAGCAAACUUGACACACCUUACCUACUUCUUUGUAUUUCAAAUGAAUGUAUUCAUUCAGUUAAAGUAUUUUUAGGCAAGUCUUUUAAAUAGCAACGCAUUGCUGUCCUUCAAAAGUUCUUGUCAAUUUUUAAGUUAAUUUAUAUUAUGGGACACUGCUUUCAUUAAUAUUCCCAUGCUGAGAAUGUCAAUAUUGCUAAACUAUACUGUGUAUUGCUUGCUUAGUCUAUAUACUAUGAAGUUGCAAGUCAGACAAUUUUAAUUUGGUUUGACUGUUGCAGUCUAAGGUAUGUAAUUCUCUUAACAUUUAAAAGAAACUUAAGACAAUUUAAGGUGUGAUAAUUCUAAGCUCAUAGAGAGGUAAUGAAAAUUGGAGCAAAUUAUAAUUUAGAUUACGAUUAUGGUCAUGUAUGUUAUUAUUUGAUUUGAUAAGUAGUGUUUUGACUGACUAGAAACUGUUGAAAAAACUCCCAUUAUGGAAAAUGUAGAAAAAGAAAUUUGAUAUCUUUCAUUAAAGAAUGUUCAGAUAACUAGAUCUCAUUACAAUUGCAGUAGUAGACCCAUAAAGACACCUGACGGUUUCCGUUCAAUUACACUUUCUUGUUUCCUAAUAGGCAUUCUUCAACCAUUAAUUUAGCUCAUAUAUGUGAAUUUCCAUACCAUUGCUGGGAUAUGUCAAAAACUGCAUUGUACAUGCAGAAGUGUUUGCCAGGGUUUAAUUUUCGCUAUAUUUGUGAGGUCUUUCACCUCAAGACUAUCAGUCCUCUCAUAAAUAUUAACCAUUAGUAUAAAGCAGAUCAAGAAAAUCUCAUUAUUACACAAACCUUCCUUUACAAAAUUAAUGGAAAUUGCCAUAUCUACAAAAAUCUAUGUUCCUUUCUACGACUACUGUAGGAUAGUAUGAACAUACUAAUAGAUGUUUAAUGUUGAACUCGUAUAAUAACUAUUGCGUUUGCAGUUUGUUUAUGAUCUGGAUCCUGUAAAACAGUGAUUCUGUCAGAGACAUUCCAACAUCAUACACUUAACAACAAAAUUUAUUAGCUCAUCUGAUUUUUGGAAAAAAAAUGAUGAGUUAUUGUCAUCACUUGAUCGGCGUCGGCAUUGCCUGGUUAAGUUUUAUGUUUAGGUCAGCUUUUCUCCUAAACUAUCAAAGGUAUUGCUUUGAAACUUGGAACACUUGUUCACCAUCAAUAGCUGACCCUGUACAGCAAGAAACAUAACUCCAUCAUGCUUUUUGCAAGAAUUAUGGCCCCUUUUGGACUUAGAAAAUAUCAGAUUUCUUGGUUAAGUUUUAUGUUUAGGUCAACUUUUCUCCUAAACUAUCAAAGCUAUUGCUUUGAAACUUGCAACACUUGUUCACCAUCAUAAGCUGACCCUGUACACUAAGAAACAUAACUCCAUCCUGCUUUUUUUCAAGAAUUAUUGCCCCUUUUGGACUUAGAAAAUCUGAUUUCUUGGUUAAGUUUUAUGAUUAGGUCAGCUUUUCUCAUAAACUUUCAAAGCUAUUUCUUUAAAACUUGCAACACUUGUUCACCAUUAUAAGCUGACCAUGUACAGCAAGAAACAUAACUCUGUCCUGCUUUUUGCAAGAAUUAUGGCCCUUUUUGGACUUAGAAAAUAUCAGAUUUCUUGGUUAAGUUUUAUGUUUAGGUCAGCUUUUCUCCUAAACUAUUCAAGCUAUUGCUUUGAAACUUGCAACAGUUGUUCACCAUCAUAAGCUGACUCUGUACAUCAAGAGACAUAACUCCAUCCUGCUUUUUGCAAGAAUUAUGGCCCUUUUUGGACUUAGAAAAUUAUGGGUAGGACAAUUUUUCUAUUAUACAAAAAAAUCAGACGAGCGUCAGCACCCACAUGGCGGUGCUCUUGUGGUACUAGUAUUAUAGGUCAGUAGACAAUUUACAGUUGAACUAAACAGUCUGUAUGUAUAAUCUUAUGAUGAGUAAGUUGUAUGGGCAUCAUCUUAUUAAAAAGUCAAAUCAUGCAUGAUAACAUGAUUUUUAUAAUAUUGUGAAUAUAAACAUUAUGAACAUACUCAAUAUUUCAAAUUCGCUAAAUUUUAACCCAGCAAAAAUAUGUACUUUUAUAGUAGAUAUUUGUUGAUAAAUUGUAAUGAAACAGAAAUAACAUCGGUCAUUAUGGGUCCAUUACCUUUAAAAUGAAACCCUUUUAUGUUUAAACCAAUGUACAUCUUAUUUACAAAAAAAGUAUUAUUGAAUCGUAUAAUGUUGAUAUACAAUUUGUGAUCUGUACAUGUUAUUACUAUUUUUUGUAGACAUUUGUCAUAUAAUCUCUGAAAUAAAAUUGGGUAAUGAUCAACCUUAUAUUCUAAAUCAAGUUGCCCACAAGGCAAGUCAAAAUUUACAAUAAUUAACUUGCUUGAAUAAUUUUUACAUUAAGGUAUUGGACCCCUAAUAGUAAUGUCAGUGGUUUGCACACUGGCCUUCCAAUCCUGAGGUCGGGGGUUCGAUCCCCGGCAGCUACUCGGGAAUUUUCAGAAACGCUUUUCAGUGUUUCCCACCCAACUAGAGGUGUACUGGUCAGGAACCCAGGCAAUCCUUGCGUGUAUCAGUGCUAUACACUGGGCACGUUAAAGAACCAGGCUGUCUAUUCGCAACGAGCUAGGCUAAGUUAGCGGGACAAGCCUGUAUCUGAUUUCUGAUCUCUCUGUCGUGAGGGCUUUGUCUGACUCUGUCCCUCUGGUCAGAUCGCUCUGUGUCUGUACUAGUAGAGGAUGAAUUAUGCGCCCUGUGUGGCUGCAUUUGAACUAUGUAAAGCGCCUUUGAACGUGAAAUUGAUCAUGAAAAGGGCGCUAUAUAAAUCUGGUAUAAUAAUAAUAAUAAUACCCCGUCUGUUUCAGAGGUAAAUUCACUUUGAACAGCAAUAAAUCGCUUAUCAAAUGAAAAUUUUCCACUUUUGUAUAAUAAAUCAAUAAUAAGUAGUAAAAACGUACUAGAAAAUAAGGGUGGGGAAAUUUUGGUCCCAGUGAGGCUUGAACCUAUGCCCCCCAGAAAAUUGCAGUCAAAGUAGGUUUAUGAUAGGAAUUGAAUACUCUUCAAAAAGGAGGUACUCUAUUACGGGUCUAAUACCUUAAAUUAUAAAUUGUACUUGCUAUCCAACAUACUGCAUAAGUACACAUAAAGCAACAAGUAACAAUGGUCUUAAGAUCUUUAGUACGGUAAUACUAUUUUUAUGGCCAAAAUUUGGUGGAGGUUCCACUGUACCCUUUGUAAAAUUCCGGCACAUGAAAAUUAAGGUUUAUUUCCAUACUCUAAUCUUUUUCCAGGAAAAUGGUACUUUUAUGAAUGCUCACAAAAAUAUCAUACAAGUUCACAAUCAUCCUUCAUCAGAUAAAACCAAAAUUAGCAGGUGUUCUUGUGUCCAAAAUGGCUAAAAUUACAAUCACUUUUUGAUGAUAAAUUCAAAACUAAUCCAGACUUUUUAUCUCACCUGAGCACAAAGUGCUCAUGGUGAGCUAUUGUGAUCAUGCUGUGUCCGUCGUGCGUCUGUUCGUCAAGUCGUCCGUCCGUCGUCAGCAAUUGUGUUUAAAUGACAUCUCCGCCAAAACCACUGAAUGGAUUUUGAUGAAACUUAGCCUGGAUGUUCCUUGGGUGGUUCUCUAUCAAAGUUGUUCAAAUGGUUCUGCUUGGUUGCACAUAGAGGCCACCAGAGCUAUAUAUGGUGGAAAUUUAAAAAAAAAAAUUUUUGUGAAACUGCUGCCUUGAUUUAAAAUAAUUUUACACAAAAGGUCCUUCUGUGUGACCCUCUGAUUAUUUUGAUUUGUCCAAAAAUGGCUGCCAGAGAGCGUGGUUACUUUUCCCUAUAUUUAUGUAGUGGAAACAUUAAAAAUUGUGUGACAUGUAUAUAAUAUAGGCUUACAAAGAAGAAAUCUAACUCUGUACUCGUACCAUUACAUUAUACAAAUGCACUUGAAGCCUUGUACAGGUGAGCGCUUUAGGGUCAAUGACCCUCUUGUUUAAAUUUUUACCAUCAUUACAGUUCUUUAGAGUGAUGUUUAAUAUGAAACUGUUUGUCUUUAAUUAAAAAAAAAAACAUGGUAACAGAAACAGUGAUUAAACAGUAACUGUUGUAUUUAUUACCUUCUUGUGUUUGGUUUAAUGUUAUUUUCUCCUGCAUAAAAUGCGUAGAUGUAUUUUUAUAAUUGGUUCAAAAGUUGUUUAGCAUAAAAUGCACUGAAAAUAUUUUUGAUAAUUUUUGUUUUGUAUGUACAAAUUCUAACCAGUAAAAUAACAUGUUUGAUGAAAUUGUC